AGGGUUGAAAUGCCCUGCUGUGAUUGGUCAGGAUGGAGCUCAUUGUUAUGCUGUCAAUCCAAAUCACAUGGCAAUCCACUAUUAACAGCUGAGGUUGGCGGAUAAGUUUUCAGAGUUCACUCAAGACCCGUGUGAGGUGGAGCAAGCAAGUGAACAGAAAAGAGUGGCGAGAACAGGCGGACGGUAGCAAGUGCAAGCUUUGGCUUAAACUGCAACUUUGAACAUUUUAGUUUCGGUUGUUUACGAACACUACCUCUCCCUUAUUUUAUUUUCAUCCUGUCUUUUUUCGUGGUAGAACUGAGCACUCUAAAGGCAGUUGAAUGUAUAGCAUGAUGGAAACCGAGAUUAAAAGUCCGCUUCCGCAGUCCAAUACGGGCUCGGGCGGCAACAAUGGUAAGAACAACAGUGCCAACGACCAGGACCGCGUGAAGCGGCCCAUGAACGCCUUCAUGGUAUGGUCCAGGGGCCAGCGAAGGAAGAUGGCUCAGGAGAAUCCUAAAAUGCACAACUCGGAGAUCAGCAAGCGUCUUGGGGCUGAUUGGAAACUGUUGACCGACGCAGAGAAGCGACCCUUCAUUGACGAAGCAAAGCGCCUGCGAGCCAUGCACAUGAAGGAGCAUCCGGAUUAUAAAUACCGACCCCGCAGGAAGACUAAGACCUUGCUCAAGAAGGACAAGUACUCCUUGCCUGGGGGACUACUGGCGCCUGGAACCAAUGCUGUCAACAACACGGUCUCCGUCGGACAGAGGAUGGACAGCUACGCACACAUGAACGGAUGGACCAACAGCGCCUAUUCCCUCAUGCAGGAUCAGUUGGGAUACCCUCAGCAUCCCAGCAUGAACAGUCCACAAAUUCAGCAAAUGCACCGGUACGAGAUGGCCGGGCUCCAGUACCCCAUGAUGUCAACCGCCCAGACCUACAUGAAUGCCGCAUCCACUUACAGCAUGUCUCCGGCGUAUACACAGCAGACCACCAGCGCGAUGGGCUUGGGUUCUAUGGCGUCCGUGUGCAAGACCGAAACCAGCUCGCCUCCUCCGGCCAUCACUUCGCACUCCCAAAGAGCGUGUUUGGGGGACCUGAGGGAUAUGAUAAGCAUGUACCUUCCUCCCGGGGGAGACGGAGCGGAUCACUCCACUCUGCAGGCCAGUAGGUUACACAGUGUUCAUCAGCACUAUCAAAGCGCCGGGACUGGAGUGAACGGAACGCUACCCCUCACCCACAUUUGAAAAGACUUGAGUGUUAAGUACUUCGGAUACUUGAACAUUGAGCUCUGAAAUUUUAACAAUAUUCGGAGGUUUACGCAUUGCUUUUUAAGAAAUGCAUUUUUUUUUUCAUCUCAUACUGAGUUGUCCAUUUUAAGAGUUUUUAAAAUGACAUAUCUUGGACUAAGACUCAUUUGCAUUUGAAGAGCCUUUUAUCAUGAGCGUUUAUAAGAAAUCUACUUGUGUAGAAGAAUUGGGACACUUCAUUUUAAUUCCUCACACGAGAAAAGUGUUGCUCCAGAAAGACUUGUCAACGGAGAGGGAAAUUACACUAUCACAAGUCAAUGUUUACACUUAAAUUGUAGUGUCAAGGUUUGUGCUGGCUGUCCAAUUUGUGUACAGGUUUUUCUUUUUCUUUUUUUUCAUGAGCUUAAUAGGUUGUAAUGAGACUGUGCGGGUCGCAAGCGCAAGUUUAUUUAUAGUAAGUUGUAUUUUACUUUUCUUCAUGAAGCUUGUGAACCUCUGUACGUUUGACAUGUUCUUUCUUGGUUUGUGAGUUUUUCUGUAAUAUGUUUUGACAGUAUCAGGUUAACUAAUACCACUGGCAGAGAGUACUAUUUAAACUGUUUCUACAGAUUAAGGUCAUUCUCUAUUCCAAAAGGACGAAUAAAUUUGUACAAAACGCAA